GGGCCCAGCGAGCGCCGUUAGGCGACAGCCAGACCUGGAAGGCCUGGCCUUGAGCAGCCGGCGCGGGGGAGGCGGCUGCGGCGCAGGGGCCCCGCGCAAGGCUCUCACGCAGAACCGAACCGGCCCACGUGGGCCGCCCCAACCCCGCCCCGCCGCGCAGACGCCGCCAGCAGCCGCAGUCAGGGCCCGGGCCGCGGGAAAGCCCGGGCGAGACACCUCCAGGCCAAGCGGGGCGCGCCGGAACCAGAGCCAGCUGCGCCGGAGCGGGCGCCUCCAGGCCACCAGAUGUUCGCCAUGGAGCCAGGGCUAGCUGAGGGGGGCCCGUUCCUGGGGGGCCCGCCCCCCGGAGUAUGCCAGCCCCAACCAGACAGCAACUCCAACUUCAUGGCAAAUCCCAGGGACGCCAAUGAGAACUGGCACGGGAUGCCAGGCACCGUGGAGCCCGUCCUGAGGAGGAGCUCCCCCGAGCAGCCCUCCAACAACCAGGCUCCCAGAGCCCCCGAGGAGGGCGUCCGCAGCCCCCCGGAGGGAGCAGAGAUUCCCGGGGUUGAGCCUGAGAAGAUGGGGGGCACCAGCACACUCUGCUCCCCUCUGGAGGACAACGGCUAUACCAGCAGCUCCCUGAGUAUCGACAGCCGCAGCAGCAGUCCUGAGUCUGCCUGUGGGACCCCUCGAGGCCUGGGCCCCCCGGAUCCUCUUCUGCCCUCCGUGGCCCAGGCUGUGCAACAGCUGCAGGCUCAGGAGCGCUAUAAAGAGCGGGAGAAGGAGAAGCACCAUGUGCACCUGGUGAUGUACCGGCGCCUGGCACUGCUCCAGUGGAUCCGGGGCCUGCAGCACCAGCUGGUUGACCAGCAGGCCCGGCUGCAGGACAGCUUCGAUACCAUCUUAGACAAUCGCAAGGAGCUUAUCCGGCGUUUCCAGCAGAAGGCAGCACCAUCUAGGCCCCAGGACCAGGGCUAAGGCUGUGCCCCCACAAGUGUGCGAGGGUAUAUAUGUGUAUGUUUGCAGGCAUGUGUGUGGCUGUGCACAAAUAAGUAUAUGAUUAUUUGCUAGCUUGAGUGCGGGUAAGCAUAAUGAAUGAGUGUGUAUGUGCUAACAUAAAAACGGGUGUGUGCAGGUAUGUGUGAAUGAGCUUGAGUGUGCUGUUACAUGUGAGUAUGUAAGAAUGAACAUGUAUGUAGCAUGUAUGUAAUGGAGUGAAUUUGUAUAUGCAAGUGUGGACAGGUACCCAACAGCGUGUGUAUGUGCAUAAGUGAGGAUGUUUAUGCACAAGAUGUGUGUGUGUGUGUGUGAAUGUGUAGGCAUGUGCUAGGUGUGUGUGAGUGAACCCCUGUGUGUGCAGGCCUAUAUGUCGGGGUGCAUAUGUAUUUGCAGACAGACUGGUGAGCAGGUGCCUACUGAUUUCAUCUGCACACAUCCUGUGUUACCCGUGGCCUACACCAGCCUUUGUUUUCCUCUGGGUCUCACUGUCCCCCAAUGAAAAAUGGCUGGCCUGCUGUCAGUUGAAGGAUGUACCCUGCUGUCAUCUAUCUGUGGCUGAUCCAUUCUCCUAGAAUUUUCCAGACCAUUUCUCUUCAUCUCUUCCCCUCACUUAUCCUAUACCUUGCUCUUCUCGCUCACUGUCCUUGAUGCUGGCUUUGCUGUGAGGGGUUUAGAGGCUGUUCUGGCCUACCACAGCAUUUUGUAACAAUAUUUAUUUAUUUAUUUGAAAGGCAGUGUUACAGAAAGAGAGAGAGGUCUCCCGUGCACUGAAUCAUUCACCAAAUGGCCAUAAGGCAAGUUCAGCCUCCUGGGCCUGGCGAUCUGAUGGUGGUCUCUCAGCAGCUUCCCAGUCUGAUGAGGGUGUCUUGGCCCUGCCUGAGAGAGCCCUGCAUGAGAUUGUCCUUGUCCUAAGUCGCCUGUCUGGAGCCAGGAGCUUCUUCUGGGUCUCCCAUGUGGCUGCAGGGCCCCAGGGACUUGCGCCGUUUUUCUGAUGCUUUCCCAGGUGCAUUUGCAGGGAGCUGGAUCAGAAGUGGAGCAGUUGGGACUUGAACCGGCGCCCGUAUGGGAUGCUAGCAUUGCAGGCAACAGCUUGACCCGCCACGCCACAACACCAGCCCCCUGCCAUAGCAUGUUAUCUACAGUUUUUCAGAGCAGUUGGUGGAGAAUUGGCUUGAGGGAAGGAAAUUGGGAGCGGGAAGGUGCAGCUCAUGGCAGGAGGUGGCAGGGAAGGUUGGGGACUAUUCCUCUUGGGCUCUGCCAUUGGACACACUGGACAUGGUGAUAGGGAAAUGACAGUGGCAGAGCCCUUUGAGGAACAGGAGAGUGGAAAUUCUAACAUAGCAGGUCCCUAACCGACCGAAGCAUUGACUUAAGUUUCUGCCGAGAAGGAACGUGCGCUCACAAGCUUGCAAGAAAUAGGUGGGUGUUCCAAGGCAGUCGGGGAAAAACCUCUCCCUGCCCCCUCUGUGCCUGUGCCUUGCUGUGCGUCUCUGGCUUUCGCAGUUUUGCCUGUUAAUUGGGUUGGUCCCUUUCUGCAGGGCGAGACUGUGGGCAGGAGGCAGCAUCAGCCCAGCCUCGGGCAGCUCUUGGAUGGCCUUUCAACAGGGACAGGCUCCAGCAGAGGCUCCGAGAGCUGUUGAGUGGUCAUGUCUUGGGCAGGACCAACGACUGAGGUAGCUGAACUCUCGGCUCUGCUCCUGGGAGCCGAGAGAAUGUGAGGUUGCUGUGGGUGAGGCUACGCCGUCGGGCCCUCAGUCUCCAUGUCUGCCGUGCAUAGAGGAUCUUGCUGUCCAUCUCGAAAGAGUUCCAUCCCGAGGAGUGGGUGGGGGAAAGGUACAGGGAGAGGGCGUGAAAUGUGGACCCUGGGCUCUUGGUGUCUGUAGCUCCUGCAUGCUGAGCGUGAACCUGCUGCCUGGCCUAACCCAGGAUGAAUAAACUGGGGCCAAGAGUGGAA